AUGCUUUCAUAUUCCCCUUUUUCCUGUUUUGUUUUAUAAACAAGGUUUCACCUUGUUUUUGUUUUGGCCAAAAAAUUGCAUAAAAUAAUUGAAACAUGUCGUUUGUUCUAAGGAAUUUAGCAGGCUUGCUGAGACAGAGGCACUUAACCGUUUACAAUCCGCCUAAAUUAUUGCAAACAUCUCUAGCUCCAAAUGCGGGCAAACCCGUUGAUAAAACUCCUGCAAUAUCAGAACAAAAGUUGGAUGUGAGCGAUUCCUGUAAAAAGAGACUGCGUGAAAUUUGCACAGAUAAAAAUUUUUUACGCAUAACGGUGGAAGGCGGAGGAUGUUCUGGUUUCCAAUAUAAAUUCGAUUUAGACACUAAGCUCAACGAAGACGACUUAGAGUUUGGUGAAGAAAAAGCUAAAGUAGUGAUUGAUAUUGUAUCAUUAGAAUACUGUACAGGAGCGAUGGUCGACUAUCAUGAAGAAUUGAUACGUUCUGGUUUCCGUAUAAUAAGUAAUCCUUUAGCUGAGCAAGGUUGUUCUUGUGGGGCAUCGUUUGCUUUAAAAAUGGACUAGGCGUUCUGUGAUCAACUUGUAAAGUUCGUUGUACUUGCUAGUUAGUAGAAAAACAAAUAUCGAAAAUUGUUUUAUCCAAGAACAUAUUUAUUUAUUAUGU